ACAAUACAUUACACAUUACAGCUGGGGAAUGACGCGUUGACACAGUCUCAAACUCGGCCAAACUCAAAAAGCCAAUGAAGGCCACAUUAAACUUACUAUUUGAUUCGUCUGCUCACAAAUCCAAUUUGCGAUAAUGGCGAUUCGCAUUGGAGGGUUCCUUCUCCUUUUCUCUGCUUUCUUCGCUUUCUCCGUCGCUAUCUCCUUCUCUCCGGCCGACGAGUACCUCGUAGAUUGUGGCUCAGUCGUUGACUCCACCGUCGACAACCGCCGCUUCAUCGGCGAUGAUUCCAACGUAAAGCUUUUCUCAUCGGAAGGAUCCAUCACUCUUCAAUCGGAAAACCCAGCUCCGAACCUUCCUCAGAUCUACAAGACCGCAAGGGUUUUCACGCGACAAGCCAAAUACGAAUUCAACGUCGCCGAGAAAGGGACUCACAUGGUACGUCUCCACUUCCAUCGCUCCAAUUCCUCCAGAAUCGAUUUCAGUGAUGCCCAAUUCCACGUCACGGUUAACGGAUAUGUCGUGCUUAGUAAUUUUAGUGGCCAUGAUGAUGAUGACGACUCGUCAGCUCAUUUUGGUCCUAGGGUUAGGGAAUUCUUGAUUUGGGUCGAUGUUGGAAUAGUUGUUAUCAGGUUUGUUCCUAGUAAAGAUUCGAACUUUGCAUUCGUUAAUGCUAUUGAAGUUAUAUCUGCACCUAAAAAUUUGAUAGCAGACGUAGCAACCUCUGUAUCCAAUGAUGGAACUGAGCAAUCCAGUGGUUUAGUUAAACAAGCAUUGGAAGUUGUUUACAGAGUCAAUGUUGGUGGAGAAAAAGUUACUCCUUUUAACGACACUUUGUGGAGAACUUGGGUUCCUGAUGAGAGAUUCCUCGAAGUCGCUGAUGGUUCUGAGAAAGUUUACUUCUCUGGUAGGAUCAAGUAUAGGCUUGGAGGUGCAACUCGUGAGGUUGGUCCUGAUAAUGUUUAUAACACUGCUCGUUUGGUGAAGAGCAUCAAUGGCAACGUUUCUCGGGUUAAUAUGACAUGGGAGCUUCCAGUGAGCAGUGGCUACAAGUAUCUAAUCCGGUUGCAUUUCUGCGAUAUAGCUAGUAUGUCAAUUGGUAUGCUAUUCUUCAACAUCUACAUCAAUGGGAAUUUGGCCUAUCAAGAUUUGGAUAUCUCAGAUGCUACGAAUUACGUCUUGGCUUCCCCGUAUUACAUAGAUUUUGUGGUGGAUGAUGAGUCUUCUGCUUCUUCUUCUUCUUCGGGUUUGAUAAGCGUUAGUGUUGGGCCAUCUAGUAAGAGUGUUGAACACGCAGUUGAUGCCAUCUUGAACGGAAUUGAGAUCAUGAAGAUGAAUAACACAAUGGGAAGUUUUGAUGGGUUUGUUUCCACGGAAAUGAUACUUAACCGUUGUCCCAACAGAAGAAACCUUAGCUUGUUUAUGUCAAUGGUGGCGUUCAUGUGUAUCUUGAUGAGUGUUUACAUUGUCAUUCAAAGGAGGAAAGCUAAGGACGGAUUCGGCUGGUUAAGGUUAUCAGAUAAUGCACCAGAAGAUAACAAUCCGAAAACCGCAGAUCGAGUUGGAUCGGAGUUUGCCGUGAAGCUUUGACAAGUUAAAGCUAAUAACUUAUUCUCGGGUACUUCGUUUAAGUUAAGUAUCCUCUCUGAUUAUAUUUGUUUUGUUUUGUUUCAUAAGCGUGUUAAUGUAAUUGUUAUAUACAGAGAAAGAUAUAUGGUGUGUCUAUCUCUGGUGAGGCUUGGAGUUUGUUGAUAUAUGUAUUGAGUUCUUUACACUUCAAUCAUCUUUGCCCUUGUUUGGUGUCUCUCCGAGGAAUUGAUGUCUUUCUGUUUGUAUUUUAUGGGUGGAAUUAAUUGACUUAUUAUACCUCUUAUAAA